AUGAAUUAUUCCAUAAUUUAUCAAGAAUCCAGUGAAGACUCCACAGGUAGAAAUUAUAAUUUUUCAGAUGGCACCGGAGCUAAACCGAAAUUUAUGUUUCCUCCACCACCAAGAAUAUCCAAAAGUGCAAAUAAUUCAUAUUAUUCAUCGAAUUCAGAUAGUUCUAGAUCAAGUACCAACAGUUUACAAUUCAAUAGGAGCUUUAAUUUAACAAAAAAGAAGUAUAAAUCAAAGUUAAAGAAAUUACCACCUUUAGGAAUCUAUUGGGAUAUUGAAAAUUGCCAAGUACCUAAAAAUAGAAGUUCUGCAGCUUUAGUACAGAAAAUAAGACAAACAUUUUUAGAAAAUUACCGGGAAUCUGAAUUUGUAGUAGUUUGUGAUGUUAAAAAAGAAAGUCCACAGGUUAUUCAAGAACUACAUGAUGCACAAGUAAUGUUGGUUCACGUUUCAUCUACCUCAAAAAAUGCUGCUGAUGAAAAAUUGAGACAAUCUUUAAGGCGCUUUGGUGAAUUACAUUCUGCACCUUCAGCAGUGGUGUUAAUUUCUGGAGACAUAAAUUUCGCUGCUGAUUUAUCUGAUCUUCGGUAUAGAAGAAAAAUAAGAGUUAUUCUAGUACAUAAUGUAAAUGCAGCUGAUGCUUUGAUAUUGUGUGCGAAUGAACAUCACUCAUUUACUGAAUUAAUUAAAGAUAUCCCAGAAAAUAAAACAAAAUCUCAACCGGUGACUUGUGAAGCUGUUUAUUUAACAAUUACAAAUUUGCCCAAAAAUGUUGAAGUUAUUAGACUGAAAAAUAGGCUACGGUUUUUAACUGAAAAUUGUGGAGGCAAAAUAUUUAAAAUUAACCCUUCAGAUGGUAUAGCAGCUAUAAAAUUUUCAAAUUUGGAUAAUGCUCUCAGGGCACAAAGAAGAGUACAAGGAGAGGAUGUGUUUGGUAAUAAAAUAAAAGUUUUAUCACCAGCUUUACGAAAUUAUGCAGGUCAUAAAAUGAAAAAUGCAGAACCAUCUCACGUAUAUGGUAUUGCUCCUCCACCAGGUUUUAUUGUAGAUAGUCAAAAUACUCAAAGCUUUUCCAUGGAAGUUAAAAGAUCUCUUCAGAAUUCCAGUAACCUAGAAAUCCAACAACUAGUUGACAAAUGCGCUUUCAGGCCCAUAAGAGGUGCAUCUUCUGUAUCUCCAAUGGAUAUCAGUUACGACGGACAGUGGUUGGGUAGGAAGAUUCAACGAUGCCCCACGCCUCAGGAACUUCUAUUGAACGCUGUAGGAAAUGCACCAACACGAAUCCACAAGAGUAGCGGCAGUUCAGAGUAUACCAGUGAUGAACAAAAGAUGGGGUAUUCUAGUGAAAACGAUGGAAAAAACCAACAACCAAAUCAUCCUGUAGAUUUAAUAAUAUCUAAUUUGGACCCAACCAUGGAACUCAAAGAACUCAAAAGACUUCUUACUAACAUGCUCAAGGAAUAUGCUAUGAUAUUAAGCUUAAAUAUAACAGUUCAAAACGAUGGUACUCCUAUAGCCAAUAUUAGAGUUAAUGGGCAAAGAGAAGCUCAAUUUACAAUAUCCCAGUUACAUAGGCAAAAGCUAGGCCACAAACGAAUAAUCAUAUCUUAUGCUCAAAGUACCUCGCCUUAUCCUGAGGAACUCAAAGCUAUGGUAAUAGAAUUAUUACAAGAAGUACCUGAUAAAUGCAUGCCACUUUUUAAAUUUAUUGGUUUAUUGGAAUCAAGAUAUAAUUGCACAAUUUCUGUUUCUGAAGUUAACAAAUUAAAGGAUGUUUGUAAAAUUACCGAAGAUUUGGGAUCUAGGGUUAUAUCUUUAAAUGAGGAAGUAAAAACAUCACCUUCUCCCAAUUUAAGCAGGACUUUCGCUCAAUAUUGUACAAUGCAUUGUCCAAAUGGAAUCCAGACAAGAGGUUGGAGUGAAUUGAGCACUUUUCAGUCACCCAAUAUAAAAAUGGUUCUGAAAUCGUUUGCAAAUAAACUUAAUUUAUUGUUAAAAAGCCAUAUGGGGUCUCUUCAUCUUUUAAGUUUUCAAUCUUGUUAUGAACAAGAAUUCCAUGAACCUCUACCAGUAUAUGAUGGUGGUGUUCCUUUAGAACACCUUAUAACUUGUGUACCUGAUAUAGACAUCAAGUUAAUGGGACCUAAUAAAAAUAUAAAAAUCAUCAAAUACAAAGAAAGCAAGAAUGAUGAAAGUGAAGAAGAUACUGUUUUAAAGUCCGUUCCUCCUUCUUUAGCACCGAAUAUUAGUCUACUUAGCAGGGAGUUAAUUGAUUUAUUAAAGACUCAAGACAGAUGUCAAUUGCUGAUGAAUAAAUUCAUACCUGCAUAUCAUCAUCAUUUCGGGAGGCAAUGUAGAGUAGCAGAUUACGGAUAUACAAAACUUGUAGAUCUAUUUGAAGCGAUCCCACAUGUGAUACAGAUUCUAAAUGAUGGAACUAAGCGUGCCAUAACUCUUUCCCAUUCAUCCCAAAUGCGCCGUUUUACAUCAGAUCUUCUUCGAGUCCUAAAAGUUCAACCUGCCAAACAAAUCUCGCUCACAGAGUUUCCUUCCGCUUACGAAAAAGUUAUAAAUAAACCUUUCAAUGCAGUCGAGUAUGGUCUUUGCACUUUUGAAGAUUUGUUGCAAGAAGUUUCUGAAAAUACUGUCGUGGUCAGUCCGAAUGAUUAUGGAGAGUUUAUCAUAGGAGUACCUAAAAGAGAACAAACAUCUGAAGAAAUUUUGAGAACUAAACAGUUUGCUGUGGAAGUCAUAGAUUUACUGCGACAUUCACCAUAUUAUACAAUUUUUUUCAACAAAUUUGUGCCUGCAUAUCACCACCAUUUCGGACAUCAGUGCAAAGUUUCUAAUUAUGGAUUUUCAAAAUUAAUAGAAUUAUUUGAAGCUAUACCAGAAAUUGUAAAGAUUGAAGAAAUGCCUGAUGGCGAAAGAACUGUUAGUUUGACUGUACAACAAGCUUUGAAGGUGUUAGGAUCUCAGAUAGUACAAAUAAUUAAAGCAUCACCUCAGUCCUCUCUACGUCUUAGUGAUCUCCCAAAAAUUUAUUUAAGAGAAUUUGGAUUUCCUUUCAAACCUCAGAUGUACGAAUGUAAUUCUAUUUCUGAAGUAAUUUCUAGAUUAGGAGAUUAUGUUCAGGUCAACAACAGUAAUGGCGAACUAUUGCUAGUUGCAAUUGAUGUGGACACAAUACCGAGUGUUCUAAUAGUGAGAUGUUGGGGAUUGCUUCUAAAGCAGCCACAUUGUAUGGAUUUAAACACCUUUCGAUACGAAUAUCAGUCUAGGUACAACAGCAGCUUUUCUAUAGAUAGCCUACAGCAAAUCGGGAAAGUAAUUUCGAUAUCAGUAACUAAUGAUAUAAAUUAUAUCUCCUUGACAGACCUGUACAUCUUAGCUGCCCAGUUGUAUCACGUUGUUUAUAAUAAUGGCGGAACCGCUUUAUUUGUCAACCUUGAAAAACUUUACCAAGAUUAUUAUGGAACACCAUUGAAAUUAAGUUCUUUCCAAAUAUUCUCGAUAGAUGAAUUUUAUUUUGAUUUUGAUUUGAUGUUUUUCAUAAAGGGCAGUAAAAAAAAAGGAGUAGUAGUUCUAAACAGAAAUUUAGCAGAAAACUUUAUACCUCUGCCGCCAUCUAUGUACAAGUCCAAUAACUUAGUAGUAGGUAAUAGAGAUCAUUUCAACUGGCCUCCUCCUCCACCUCUAGAAAUGGUAUCAUGGUCAAUGAAGAGACCGUGUCCUCCCAAGCCUGAUACUCCUCCAUCACCUGAUUCCAAUCCAUGGAACCACUGGACGACAAACAUCUGUGAUAGCGCCCUUAAUCUAUCUAUUCAACUACCUAUUAUGCAAAAUCCCAAGCUUCUAGGCAAUCCGUUUGCCUUAAUAUCUCCUGCUCGUCAUCUUUUACCGCCGGACCAAUAUAUAUGGGGCAAUAAUGGGACAUCUAUAGCAUCACCAGAUCCUACAGAAUUACCUAUACCAGAUAAACUUAUACAUAAAGGAGGAGUUGCCGAUGUUUCAGCAGAUUCUGGUGUAAAUAUAAAACUGGAUAAUUCCCCUUCAGAUAAUGAAAAUGAAGCUGGUAUAUCAAGAAACGUAUGUGGAAAUGGAAAAUCUACUUCUGCAAAGUUUUUAACAUUUAAUAACUAA